UUCAGUUCUCUGAGUUGAGAGAGAGCGAGAGAGACUGACCAGAAAGCUCUUCGACCUCGCUUCGCUUCGCCAUGGAUUAUUUGAAGACGGCGAUUCCUUCGCAGCUUAUCUCGGAGAGAGGCUCCAAUCUCGUCGUCAUCAACCCUGGUUCUGCGAACAUCAGAGUGGGCCUCGCUCAGCAGGACGCGCCUUUCACCUCCCCUCAUUGCAUCGCCCGGUGCACCAGCCAGGUGCCCAAGCGAAACGUGCAAGAUCAGAUGCUCAAUUCUCAAGUUACGACGGCACAACACAUGGAGCGAGAGAAGGCUUAUGAUAUUAUAGCUCAGAGGAUAAAGACUUGCCUAGUACUUCGUUGGCCCAACAUGAGGGAGGGGAUAUGGACUUAGGUCAACGUAAAUACAGACCGUUCAUUUGUGGUGAGGAAGCUCUGAA